AUGGGGAAAACGCAAAUAUGGGAAAAACGCAAAUAUGGGAAAAAAGCAAAUAUGGGAAAGACACAAAUAUGGGAAAGACGCAAAUAUGGGAAAGAUGCAAAUAUGCGAAAAAUGCAAAUAUGGAAAGACCCAAAUAUGGGAAAAACGCAAAUUUGGGAAAAACGCAAAUAUGGGAAAAACGCAAAUAUAAGAUGGGUACAUGAGGUACGUGAGAAACGCAAAUAUGGGAGAAACGCAAAUAUGGGAGAAACGCAAAUAUGGCAGAAACGCAAAUAUGGGAAAAAUGCAAAAAUGGGAAAACGCAAAUAUGGGAAAAAAACAAAUAUGGGAAAGACACAAAUACGGGAAAGAAACAAAUAUGGGAAAGACGCAAAUAUGGGAAAGAAGCAAAUAUGGGAAAAACGCAAAUAUGGGAAAGACGCAAAUAUGGGAAAAACGCAAAUAUGGGAAAAACGCAAAUUUGGGAAAAACGCAAAUAUGGGAAUAACGCAAAUAAGAGUAAAACGCAAAUAUGGGAGAAGAGGAAAGAAGGAAACGGAUGGUUGGAUGGGUAUGUGCGAUAUGGGAAAAACGCAAAUAUGGGAGAAACGUAAAUAUGGCAAAAACGCAAAUGUGGGGAAAACGCAAAUGUAG